CGCCUUUGUUACGUUCAAAAUGAUUUUUGAACAAACAAUCCAUAAUAACUAUAAACCUCCCAAUUAAGAUAUGCCGUCAUUAAUGUUGCCAAAUCAUAAUGACAAUGUUUAGAAUAGGUAAACAAAUUUGCUAAUACCCGUAGAUCCACCGUUAGUUGACCGAACUUCGAAAUGUACGAGGAGGGCGCGCAAUUUGAAUGGUACGACUACUUGGCGUUCUGCGUAAUGCUCAUUGUUAGCGUGGCGAUCGGUUCGUACUUUGGAUUUUGGAAAAAGCAGAAUACCAAAGAUGAAUAUCUGUUUGGAGAAAAAUCUAUGGCCAUUCUCCCUGUGACUGUUUCACUAAUCACCAGCUCUAUCUCAGGAAUAACUAUUAUGACCUAUCCUGCAGACGUCUACAAGUAUGGCUCCAUCACAUUAUGGCUCGCUCUGAUGUUGCCAGUAUGCGGAAUCGUUUACGCCUACGUAUUCCUCCCGGUGCUAAUAAAAGCCGAAGUGACAAAUUUAUACGGAUAUUUCGAAAAAAGACUCAGCUCGACUUGUCGCAUUUUAACCUCUGUUAUAUUCACAGUGAUGGUAGUUUUCUAUGGCCCUGUCGUUAUUUAUGUUCCAUCCCUCGCUUUCAAGCAAGCUACUGGAGUGGAUGUCCUCAUCGUUGCACCUGUAAUCUCUGCAAUUUGCCUGUUCUACACGGCCAUCGGUGGUAUAAAAGCCGUAAUAUGGACGGACACAUUUCAGUUUACUGGCACGGUAUUAUCAACCCUACUCAUUACCAUUAUCGGGAUCAUUUCCGUGGGAGGCAUCGAAACUGUAUGGAACACGAGCAUGGCUGGGCAACGUUUGGAUAUAUUUAAUUUUAGGUUUGACGCGACAGCGAGGGAUACCUUCUGGUCAAUGAUAUUUGGUGCUACCAUACACUGGAGUUGUUUUACUAUUACGAAUCAGGCGGAAUUUCAGAAGUGCCAAUCUGUAUCCACCCUAAAAAAAGCGCAAUUUUGUGUGGUACUUUACGGAUUUGGUGUUGGAGCACUUGUCUUUUUAACAGUUGUUAAUGGAAACAUUAUGUAUACCAAAUAUUCAAAAUGCGAUCCACUGUCCACUCGUCAGGUGUACCGUGACGAUCAGCUUCUGCCGUACUACGUCCUGGACACCUCCAGAGAAAUCCCUGGCCUUCCCGGUAUCUUUAUAGCGGGUAUAUUUUGUGCAGCUUUAAGUACCUACUCUGUGGUUUUGAAUGCAGUAGCGGGUGUUAUUUAUGAGGACUACCUUAAGCGAUUCUUAUCACCUGAGAAACAAAAAAAUCGAGAAGGUGCAAUCUUGAAAACAAUCGUAUGUUACGGGGUGGUGUCCACCCUUUUGGUACUGCUAGUACAGUCAUUAAGUGAAAUAGUUCCUUUUAUGAUUACGGUUCAAGCAAUCGGCAAGGGUUGCAUCUUAGGUCUAAUGAUCUUGGGUGUUUUAGUACCAGUGGCGAAUUCUAAGGGUGCGAUUUGUGGUGCUAUCGUUGCACUAGUACUAAUGUCAUGGAUCGGAUUUGGCAGAUUAUGGUACAGUUUAGAAGGAACUCUGCGUGACGCCUCAAAACCAAUGUCAUAAGAGCAUUGUGACGUUUCUUACAACGUAACUACCUCUCCGAUACAUAACCAAGAAGACAUUUUUAUACUGUAUCGUGUAUCUUUCUGGUACGGAACUCCUAUAGGGUGUCUCAUAACCGUCGUUACCGGAACUGUAGCGAGUUUGUUAACGAGAAACGAUCAAGAAUCAGUCAA